AUGGCAAGUUUAAGUUUGAAAGAACGAAUGCUUGCUCAACUGAACUCGGCUAGAUUUCGCUACUUGAAUGAAAGUUUCUACACGACAUCUAGUGAGGAAGCUUUGAAAUUAUUUCAAGAGGAUGACGACGCAUUCAAAAUUUAUCACGAAGGAUUCUCUAAUCAGGUUUCCAAGUGGCCUGUCAACCCAGUCGAUCUUAUGAUUUCUUACAUUGAGAAUAAAAAAUUAUCAAAUCUAGUGAUUGCAGAUCUUGGCUGUGGAGACGCCAAAAUAGCGAGGACUAUCAAGGACAAAGUUGUCCAUUCAUUUGAUCUCGUGGCUCUCAACAAGCAUGUUACAGCCUGUGAUAUGAAUAAGGUUCCGCUGAAGACAAGUUCCGUUGAUAUUGCCGUUUGCUGUCUGUCUCUCAUGGGCACAAAUUUCAUUAAAUCACUCAUUGAAGCCAGCAGAAUACUCAAAAACAAUGGCACCUUUCUGAUAGCAGAAGUAGUCAGCAGGUUUGACAGUGUUCAAUCUUUCGUCAGGGCUAUGGACAAAAUGGGAUUCCUACUGAUCAAGAAGGACGAGAGCAACAAAAUGUUUUUGUGGUUCGAGUUUAGAAAAGUUGGAAAAGUGCCGCCGGUCGGGAAGAUGCCGAAGAUAGAACUGGCCCCGUGCCUCUACAAGAGAAGAUGA